AUGGCUACUCCCCAUUUAUAUCACAGAUAUAACUCCAAAAGCUCUAACAAAAAUAUCAAUUCGAGCGGAAAUUCUACAGAGGUUGACCGUUUCAUUCCAAAAUCAGUUUCGAGAAAUGCUUAUAAGUCUAUUCCAAUGUUAAAUGGGUUUGACAUAAGUUACUCAGAACUUUGCGAGAAAUCUCCUUCACCUGAGCGGCUAUCAUCCCCUGAAUUCUUUAACGAACUGCGAAACACCGGGCAUUACGAAUCAAUCAGUACAACAAAUGAGUUUUCCAUGUCAAGUAUCUCUAGCUCUUCUGAGAGUCAAGUUACCAGAAGUGGAAGUGCAAGAGCUUCAAGAAACGAUUAUUCAAAAUUAACUAAAGAGCAAAAGGACCAUAGAAAGAAUAUUGCACAUUCUCUUGGUUUUCAAUUGCCCGACCGUGUCUUUACGUUUGAGACCACAAGUGCUGAAAUUCUGGAAAAGAAUAAAGCCAUCAAAAAUUGCUUUGGACCAGGAAGUUGCGCCGAAAUAAGAUCAACCUUUGACUUUAGUACACUCUCGCCCGAUGUUGCCCGUUAUUAUAUCGCUAAUUCUAACGCAAGAUCAGCUUCCCCACAAAGACAAAUCCAAAGACCUGCUAAACGAGUAAAGUCACAUAUUCCAUACCGUGUAUUGGAUGCACCUUGCCUGAGAAAUGAUUUUUAUUCGAACUUAAUUUCUUGGUCAAGAACCACAAACAACGUUUUGGUGGGACUGGGUUGCUCCGUAUACAUCUGGUCUGAGAAAGAAGGAGCGGUAUCUAUAUUGGACCAUCAAUACUUAAGUGAAAAGAGGGAUUUAGUGACAUGCGUCUCAUUCUGUCCUUACAAUACUUAUUUUAUUGUUGGUACAAAAUUUGGCCGUAUUCUUCUUUAUGAUCAAAAAGAAUUUUUUCAUUCCAGCAACACAAACGAAAAGGAACCAGUAUUUGUUUUCCAAACUGAAUCCUUCAAAGGAAUAUGUUGCCUAGAAUGGUUCAAACCAGGUGAAAUUUGCAAAUUUUAUGUUGGAGAGGAAAAUGGCAAUGUGAGCCUCUUUGAAAUAAAGAGUUUGCAUUUCCCCAUAAAAAACUGGAGUAAAAGACAAAAACUCGAAGAUGAAAAUUUAAUAGGAUUGAAACUUCAUUCCACUUAUCAAGCUCAGGCACAGCAAGUCUGUGGUAUUUCUCUGAAUGAACAUGCAAACCUGCUUGCAGUCGGCGGCAAUGAUAAUUCUUGUAGCUUAUGGGAUAUUUCCGACUUGGAUAAACCUAUUAAAAAGUUUGUUCUUCCACAUAAAGCGGCUGUGAAGGCCAUUGCCUUUUGUCCUUGGUCGAAGUCUUUGUUGGCUACGGGUGGUGGAAGCAAAGACAGAUGUAUUAAGUUUUGGCAUACAUCGACAGGCACAUUGUUGGAUGAGAUUUGCACCUCGGGACAGGUGACGUCUUUGAUAUGGUCGUUGAGACAUAAACAGAUUGUUGCUACUUUUGGAUUCGGUGAUACCAAGAAUCCUGUAUUAAUAACACUAUACUCAUAUCCAAAAUUAUCAAAACUACUCGAAGUUAGGUCGCCCAACCCUUUGCGUGUACUGAGCGCAGUAAUCUCUCCAAGUUCCAUGGCAAUUUGCGUUGCCACUAACGAUGAAACGAUAAGAUUUUAUGAACUGUGGAACGAUAAGGAGGAAAUAAUUAAUGAAAUUCAAGAGAGUGGGAUUUAUGGAUCUAAUAUUAUAGAAUAUAUGGAGGGUAUCGAAACAACACAUAACAAAAGAAUAAGGUAA